AUGAAGCUUCUUUCAUUCUGUCCUAGCUCUGCAGUGAGCAUCUCUCUGCCUGAUUUCAUCAUUUUCUUCAUUAUUUAUCACAUUCACAAGCUGGAAUCAGCCCAGUUCAGCGUGACUGGUCCUGGUCACCCUGUCACUGCCAGGAUGGGUGAGGCCACUGUGUUACCCUGUCACCUGUCCCCCAGGAUGAGCGCUGAGAACAUGGAGGUGAGAUGGUUCCGAUCUGAUUUCCUUUCGUUUGUGCACCUGUAUCAGCAUGGGAAGGAUCAAUACGGGAACCAGAUGCCAGACUAUCGUGGAAGGACAGAGCUUUUGAAACCUGGCAUCAUGGAUGGGAAUGUUUCCUUGCAGAUUCUUAAUAUCAGAUGCUCAGAUGAAGGACAGUACAACUGUUUUGUUCAAGACGGUUCUUUUUAUGAAGAAGCCCCAUUGGAACUGAAGAUAGCAGCUUUGGGCUCCAAUCCUGUCAUCUCUGUGGAGAGCCACCAGGAUGGAGGGAUCCGAGUGGUUUGUCAAUCGGCUGGGUGGUACCCAGAGCCCAAGGUGCUAUGGAGAGAUCGCCGUGGGCAAGAAUUACCAUCUCUGUCUGAAGCAAAAUCCCUAGGGGAUAGUGGCCUGUUUGAAACAGAAAAUUCUAUUAUUAUAAAAGAACAUUCAAACCAGAACCUGUCCUGUUGGAUCAGGAACACCUUUCUCAAUCAAGAAAAGGAAUCAACAGUUUAUAUAGCAGAUUUCUUUUUCCCUAGGGUGAAUCCAUGGAUGGUGGCUCUGAGUGUGAUUCUCCUGGUUUUGUUUGGUUUCAUUGGCCUCACUGUUUAUCUAUUUAAAAUAAAAGGGAAACAUCUUGGAGAAAUCAAUGAUCUUCAACGAGAACUUGACUGGAGAAGAAACAUCGUCUGCCCAGCAAAUGUGACUCUGGAUCCAGACACGGCUCAUCCCGACCUCGUCCUGUCUGAGGAUCGGAAAAGUAUGAGAUGGGGAGACACGCGGCAGCAACUGCCCAACAACCCUGAGAGAUUUGACUCUGAUCCCUGUGUGCUGGGCUGUGAGGGAUUCACCUCGGGGAGACAUUGCUGGGAGGUGGAGGUGGGGAGUGGGCGAUUCUGGGCUUUCUGGGCUGUGGGGGUGGCUAGAGAGUCUGUGGGGAGGAAGGGAUGGAUCAGCCCUAGCCCUAAGGGGGGGAUCUGGGCUGUGGAGCAGUGCUGGGGUCGAUUGCAGGCUUUCACCUCCCCUCGCACCCGCCUGCCCCUGAUCUGGGCCUCCAGCAGGAUCCGGGUUUGUCUGGACUGUGACCGGGGGCAGGUGACAUUUAUCGAUGCUGGUGACGAGGCCCCGAUCUUCACUUUCCCACCGGGCUCCGUCCCUGGGGAGAGAAUCCGACCCUGGUUCUGGGUAGGGCGGGGAUCCCGGCUCAGCCUGUGUCCCUGAGACACGCAGCAGAGGCAGGAACCGGAAAUCAGCCUCUCUAGCCACACACACCCCAGUCUCUGUGACCUUGGAGGACUCCCAUCUACCCAGCCCUCAGCCCCUCAUCUAUGUCCCCUGCAAGAUCCUCCCCCUCUGGGGCUGCAGGUUGGGCAGAGAUGGGGGGCUGGGUAGAGGGCAAAACUAACAGCUGGGAUGGGGGUGGGAGGGACAGAGCAUGAAUCAAUCAGGGUUCGGGGGGUUGGGGAGAAGCAGCAGCAGGGGGGAGCGUUUUGUACAGAUCUGUGGGAUUAGAUCUCACCAGGAUCAGGGCCGGCUCUAACAUUUUUGCCGCCCCAAGCAAAAAAAAAAAUAGCACCGCCCGACCUCUCCCUGAGCGUCAUACUGCCCGAGUCCCCGCAGCCCCCAGCGCCACGUCGGGCCACCCAAAUCCCCACACCCCCCCCCGAGCAUCGCGUCGGGCCGCCGAAGUCGUCCCCCCCCACAGCGUCGCGUCGGGCCGCCCAAGUCCCCGCCCCCCCCCUCCCCAGCGCCGCCUGGCCAAACCACAAACAACAAAAACAAACCCUGAUUGCCACCCCCUCCGAGGUGCCACCCCAGGUACGUGCUUGGUAGGCUGGUGCCUGGAGCCGGCCCUGCCCAGGAUCAGCACGAGGGGAAAGGAUAAGAUCAGGGAAAGAAGAGAGCAGCCGAGGGUGAUGAUCUGUGAUAGGGAGGAGAGACACAGGGAAAUAAAGAGGGAUGGAAAGUGAGGCUAGAACAAUGAUGACUAGAAAAGGACAGUACGAAAGGAAAGGGAACGUGAGCGGGACGGGGAGAUUUAUUACAUGUUACUGAAAGUGAGACUGUAACUCAUUAAUUCCCUAUAUUAAUUCCUGGCCAUUGGUGCAAUUUUAGUGCCAUAAAGAAAACUGUUCUCAGUAGCUGGGGAUCUCCUGGCCAUGCUGCGGUUAUUAAGGCUCCUUCUCAGCUCCUUUUACUUUGCUACUUUCCAGCUACUUACUGUAAAUAAAACAUUACAAACAAUU